GAUACAACUGCAAUGCAAGGGCAUACCAACAUUAAAACACCAACCAAUUCGGAUGAAAGCUGGAAGUGGUAUUAUAUAUCACAAAACCUAGUUGGGAGUAACUCAGUUACGCAACAUAGCCUGUACCCGACCAACACACAGGAGCCUCCAUAUAAAGGUAUAGAAGACACAGCAUUCCAAUUCUGA